AUGCAUGACAAAACAAAAUUCGUCUGCUCGAUUUGUCCCACUGGGUUCUACCAAGACGAGGCUGGACAGUUUGAGUGUAAAACGUGUACCACGGCCGUGAUCGCCGGCGCCAGGACUCGCGACAACUGUACUGAAGUCUGCGCUGCUGGUCAUUUCUCCAGUAAUGGUGUCAUACCUUGUGACGGUUGUCCAAUUGGACAAUAUCAGCCGAAUUCCGGAUCAAAGAACUGUCUGUCAUGCGACUAUGGCACCACGACCACUAACACUGCUACAACUGAUCCUGACGCCUGUCAGGAAUUCGACAUGAGAGUCGAGGGUCCUGCACUGGUAUCAUCUACUGGUUCUCUUCAAAACAGUACUGAUGACUUCACUAUUACCACGUGGUUUACUACUGGCGCUGAAGCAAGUCUAGGAAUCAAACAGUCUGAUGGAAGUUUCCCAUUCCAGCUAUUCAUUGAGCAGAAUCUGACCCUGAACGUGUCGGGAAAUGAAACCACCGAUUUUGAGUUGCCCACAUCAAGCUGGAUUCAUCUAACAGUCGUGCACGCAAAUAAAACAGUGACAGUGUAUACACACGGAAAAGUGGCUUUAUCCAAAACGCUGACAUCUGUUUCUACACCAGCAAUUAGUUGUGGUUCUCGCCUGGAACUCGGUGUGCAGUCAGAUAGCGCUGUUGACGAAUGCCAGCAGAACUCGCCUUGUAACGGACACACCUGUGUAAACAUGCCAGGUAGCUACAGGUGUGAAUGCCAAGGCGGAUAUUCCGGGUCAGACUAUUGUGCUGACACCAAAUGUGAAGAUGGAAAGUGUGAGAACAGAACGAACGACUAUGUCUGUAACUGUAUUGACGGAUUUAAAGGCCAGUUUUGUGACGAGCAAAUAGUCUUGGUAGUGGCUAUCCUGCUGAAGGCGUAUGAAGAAUGA